CCCUUCCUGCCGCGCCUCCACGUACCCAAGUUGGUUCCGGGCUUCUAGCCUCCUCGCUAGCUCGUACGCAAGGUGCGUGGUGACGUCACGGCGACGCGGGCGCCAUCCCGGAAGCGCGAGCAAGGCCGCCAGAUGUGCAGUGCCUGAUGCAGACCGAAGACUUUCUUCCUGCCUGUUUCAGGCAGUGGAGGAGGAGGAAGAGAUGGAUCCCCCGGCCUCGGCCUCGAGGGUCUUCUGCAGCCGCAUCCUGAGCAUGGUGAAUGUGGAUGAUGUCAACGCCAUCAUCCUGGCCCAGAAGAACAUGCUGGACCGCUUUGAGAAAACCAACGAGAUGCUGGUGAACUUCAACAACCUGUCAAACGCCCGCCUGCAGCAGAUGAGCGAGCGCUUCCUGCACCACACGAGGACCCUGACGGAGAUGAAGCGGGACCUGGACAGCAUCUUCCGCAGGAUCCGGACGCUGAAAGGGAAGCUGGCCAGGCAGUACCCAGAGGCCUUCAGCCACGUCCCAGAGGCAUCCCUCCUGGAGGACGACGACGAAGACCCCAUCCCGCCCAGCACCACGACCACCAUUGCCACCUCGGAACAGAGCACAGGUUCCUGUGACACGAGCCCAGAUACCAUCUCACCCUCCCUCAGCCCUGGAUUCGAGGACCUGUCCCAAAUCCAGCCCAACUCCCCUGCCAUCAAUGAGCACAGCCAGAUGGAUGAUAAGCAGAUGCCGGGCCAGUAGCUCUGUUCCCAGGCACUCCAAGGGGUCUCUCCAGGUAUCUGAGGUGGCAGCAGAUAACCCUGCCUGGAAAUGGUCAGCUUUGCCACCCUAUUCUGUCACGCAGGGCACCCUGGGGGAUAAGGCUCCCUCCCAGCAUGGGGGAAUCUAUCAUUCUCACUCCUCCUUCACUGAGGCUAUUUUUCUCCUGCAGACCCUCUGCCAGGCCAGGGGUUGAGCAGCCAGCUGGAGUUGUUGGGCUGGGCACAAGGAAUCUUUUCCAGAGCCAAGCCUGAGGUCUGCUCUGAACAACACUUAAAGGUUCCCAAAGACAAAAGCCAGACGUCCCCUGUCUCAGCACCCCAGUCAGGACCUCCUUGAGGUGGACAAACACUAUCAUGUCUCAGUUCACUCUCACACCUACUAAUUCUGGUCUCCCUGUCCCUUCCUCCAAGGAAAGUAUUAAAUACUUUCUCCAAUCAGUAUCUCAAGGAGGUUUCUGAAACAGUUGUAGAAAGCUCAAGACCAUCCCGCUCAGCCCCAAGUGUGAUAAAAGCCCACAUUUGUCUGACCAAAGGUGUGAGCCCUGAGGGCCCUGCAGAUCUCUCCCAGGGCCUCCGUGAAGCCAAGCCACCUUGGAAAACAGAAUUUAACAGAAUAUUUUUGUAUCCGAUGUUUACAGAUGCUGUUGGGAAGUUAUCAAUAAAAAGACUAAAAAGAGAA